UCGACCGUGCCCUUGUCCCCGCAGCUAUGAAGUCCAAGGGCAAGAACUUGUGGAAGGAGGGGCUGAAGGGGCCGGAGGUGUGCACGGACCCCGCCAUGCUCACCACCUAUGCCAUGGGGGUCAAUUACUUCAAGGACGGCCCGGAGGUGGCCCUGAAGCCCGACUCCGAGUACCCCGACUGGCUCUUUAAGAUCCACCUCGGGCCCCCCAAGAAGCUGGAGGAGCUGGAUCCCGACUCGAUCGAGUAUUGGAGGCGCCUGCGGAAGUACAACACAUGGCACCGCAACAAGCUGAAGAAGGGCAAGAAGCUGUAGGCGCUGCAGAGCUCGGGGCGCGGGGGCCGCCCUGAGUGCCAGCAUGGGCGGCGCUGGGACCAGCUCCCGCUUUCGGGCUCUUCUUGUUGUAAACUAGUAAUAAAUCUCUGGUGAGGCUGA